CAGACGCAACUUUCAGCCGAAUCCAAACGGCACCUAAAACUCAAUUCAUUGACUCUCUCAUUCUCAGCCAAUUCUCUUUCUUUCUCAAAAAACCAUUGUGAAAUAUCUCUCAUUUUUUAUUUCUCAUUCACUUCACUUCUUAAACUCUUACCAUUUUAAUUUCGUCACAUCUUUAUUUUCUUUCUCCACUCCUCUUCCUUUUAGAUUUUCUCAACUGUCUCUGCAUCAAAAUCACAAUGGCCCUUUCGACCACCAGGGGAACCUCCUCUUCCUCUUUCACCCAACGAUGCAAAUAUGAUGUGUUCUUGAGUUUCAGAGGAGAAGAUACCCGCAAUGGUUUUACCAGCCAUUUGAAUGGUAUUUUGCGUUAUAAUGGUAUUAACACUUUCAUGGAUGAUGAGCUUCAAAGAGGAGAAAAAAUUUCCGCUGAACUUCUUGAAGCUAUUGAAAGUUCGAAGAUUUCGAUAAUUAUAUUCUCUAAAAAUUAUGCAUCCUCCACUUGGUGUUUGGAUGAACUUGUCAUGAUUCUUGAGUGUAAGCAUAAUGGCCAAGUGGUGUUACCGGUUUUUUACAAGGUGAAUCCAUCAGAUGUACGUAACCAACAGGAAAAGUUUGGAGAAGCAUUUGCAAAGCAUGAAAAAAAAUUCAAGAAUAAUAAAGAGAAGGUGCAGAGAUGGAGGGCAGCCCUAAAUGAAGCCAGCCAUAUAUCUGGUUUGCAUUACAAAAAUGACCACCCUCAAUUUAGAUUUAUCGAAGAAAUUUUAGAAGAGAUCAAUGCUAAAUUAAAUCGUACACAAGUAUUUGUUGUUAAAUGCCUAGUUGGAAUAGACUCUCGCAUAGAGGAAAUAAAUUGUCUAUUAGAUAUUGAGUCAAAUGAUGUUCGCAUGUUAGUGAUCCAUGGUCUUCCUGGAAUAGGGAUUAGAUGAAAUUCAAGGCAUAAAAUUGUCCUUGCCACAUCCAAGAAAGAUGCAAUUGAAUCUUGGAAAGAUGAAAAGCCUCAAAUAUUUGAAAAUUCGCAAUGUAAUUUGUGAAGACCUUAAAUAUCUUCCCAAUGGGUU